GCUCCUCCCCGGGACUUGAGCUCUGGGCCCAGGGGAGGGGCUGUCCUCUCCAGCCAAGUCGUAGGGGCGCCCGGGAAAAUGCUUCGGGCCGGCGUCGGAGCUGCUGUUCGGCUCGCGGCUCCGGGCUGUGGGUCCACCGGAGCUGCCGCACGCGGGAAGCGGGGCUACGCCUCCGGGCAGGAGAGCCUAAAGCAGACGCCCCUCUAUGACUUUCACCGGCACCAUGGUGGGAAGAUGGUGGCCUUUGCCGGCUGGAGCCUCCCAGUGCAGUAUACGCACAGCCACCUGGAGUCCCACCUGCACACCCGCCAGCACUGCUCGCUCUUCGAUGUGUCUCAUAUGCUGCAGACUAAAGUGUUUGGCAGAGAUCGGAUUAAAUUCAUAGAGAGCCUAGUAGUUGGGGACAUAGCAGAGCUGAAGCCUAAUCAGGGCACUCUGUCUCUGUUCACAAAUGAAAGAGGAGGCAUCCUGGACGAUUUGAUUGUGACCAGCACCUCAGAUCAGCACCUCUACGUGGUCUCCAAUGCAGGUUGCAGGGACAAGGAUUUUGCCCUCAUGAAGAACAAGAUGAAGGAAAUGAAAGCAGCUGACUGCGAUGUGGACUUGGAAGUGUCAGACAACGCUUUGCUUGCUCUGCAAGGUCCUGCCAUGACCCGAGUGCUACAAGCUGGGGUGUCAGACAACCUGUCUAAGCUGCCCUUCAUGACCAGUGCAGUGAUGAGUGUCUUCGGAGUGCCAGGCUGCAGGGUCACCCGCUGUGGCUACACAGGCGAGGAUGGCGUAGAGAUCUCUGUGCCUGCAAGCCGAGCUGUGGAGCUGGCUGAGCUGCUGCUUAAGGACUCCACUGUGUGGCUGGCAGGACUCGCAGCCCGGGACAGUUUGCGCUUGGAGGCAGGUCUGUGUCUGUAUGGGAACGACAUUGAUGAGAGCACAACCCCUGUGGAAGCCAGUCUGAUAUGGACCCUUGGGAAACGCCGCCGUGCUGCCAUGGAUUUCCCAGGUGCAUCAAUCAUACUGGCCCAAAUCAAAGAGAAGCCCAAAAGGAAACGUGUGGGGCUGACUUCUUCAGGGCCUCCCAUCCGGCAGCACAUGCCCAUUCUCAGCCCAGAGGGCAAGGCCAUUGGUGAGGUUACCAGUGGCUGCCCUUCCCCCUGUCUGCAGAAGAACAUCGCCAUGGGAUACGUAGAGAGUGACUACAGCAAACUGAGCACAGCCCUCACUGUAGAAGUGAGGAAGAAGAGCUGCCCUGCUCUAGUGACCAAGAUGCCAUUUGUAGCCACCAAUUACUAUACAGUGAAAUAGGCUACUGCUGGCAUAGGCUUUCAGUUUUGUAUUCUGGCCUGCCUAUAAAGAGCCCCUCAAUUUCAUUAGGGCUCUGCCACAAAGAUGGUUACUGAAAAGAAAACAGCCCUAAAAAGAGAGAAACUACUUCAGGGGAUGCCGGGGACAUUAACAACUAAAGAGGCAGGCAACUGAGCAAGACUUGACGACAUGCUCCAGUCUCAUCUGCCUCUUGGCCUAUUGCUGAUAGCAGAAAGAUCCCAAUGACUUGAUCUCCAGAACUCCACCACCACCACCCUUUUGCAUUUAUCCCCAAAUAUUAAAAAGUCCUUGAAUUUUCUCCUGCCCUUUUCAAUCUGCUCCUUUUCUUGAAAUGGUCUGAUGCAUGCUCAGCUAGAAGCAGGAAGAAGACCCUUACAUUGCAACAAAAGUAAAGAACAAGCUUCUUGGUUUAUUCCUUCUAUUUCCCAUAUGAUGUAGGCUCAGCGCAUUCAUUUUACCACUUUGGUUUUCUCCCUGUAGUGUAGGGGAAGAAAGAUGUACUUGCUACUUCUCAAAAAAGUGAAAUCAUGCCCUGAUGUGGGCUUCUCCUUCCAAAUAAUGUUUAUACCAAUGAAUAGUUAGCCAAAGGCCUGUUCUUCCGACUAUUUUUCUGGAGGGGGCAUAUUUAAAUAGUGUUUCAGCUUGAGCAAACCCCUUUGUUUUCUUACUGCCAUCUAGCCUGGAAGAUUCAGAACUACAUUUGAAGGAACCAUUUUUUACUUUGGAUGCUGAAGACACUAAUAUUGAGAGCUGCUAUGAACUGCUCCACAUAAAUAGAGAAAAUACUUUUUGUGCAGCAGCUAUCUUGGGGAAAUAGUAUGUAUUUAUAUGCAUCUCAAGGAAAUUUUCAAACAGUACAAAAAAAACUUAGGAGAGGUGUUCCUUUUGCAUUGUUUUAAAACCUUGAGUGAAGACAUUUUGAUCGAACUGAAAAAGCAUGUCAAAACAAAAAGAUCUUCAGUUGUUUAUGGAAAGUACAGAUAGCGGGCACCUAUCAUAUUUGAGCAGGAAUGCUGUUCAACAGAGGCAGUAGCUUUGCUCUGAGUGACUUCAGAGCAAACUGAUAUUUUGGAAUUUUAAAGUAUUUUGGUUUAAAAGUAAAUACAAAAAAACCCCUAAUCUAUAUUCUGCAUAUGUACACAAGUACUCAACAGCUAUUGCAAUAAGAGUCAAGACUAUAUUCAAUUUUUCCAUCACUCUUUUAUAACCCAUGCAUCAAACCCAUACAUUACACACAACCAGGGAAUAUGAGGGCAGUGGCUGGUAAAAUAGAGGGAUGCUCAAUAUCACAUCAGCAGCUCCAGCAUUACAUAGCUACAGAACACAUACAAUCACCUGACUCCUCCAGGGAAUGAGCACCAAGAAGUAUGAUUUCGGAGCAGAACUAUUUUAGAACUAGUAAACUCUAAGAUAGUCAUUGGUACAGAUUGCAAAAUCUGACUAGGGGCAGGGAACCAGCAAGGGUUUGAAUCUGUCAGACUAAGCAAGUCUCUGUAGCUUUCAAUCUUUACACAAGAUUGGGGAUGCUUAGCAAAGAGCAAAUUAAGCUCAGCCAGCUGGAGAAAUAAUUUCUUCAUCAGCCCUGGCGUCUGCGUCUCUUACGAGUUGAGGCCAGUUCAAGGCAAGGGAAAUCCAAGCACCACUGCAGAAAGAAACAAGUUCCAGGCCAGCGAUGGGUUUGACGUCACAUUGAAGAGA